AAGCAGCCAAACUGAAGAUUAUAAAUCCCCGAAAUUGAUGCCAUUGUAGAGCCCUGACAGCUACCAAGCCCUGAGUCACAGCGGAGGCAUCCGUGGCCACUCUACUAACACAGCAGCCGUAGCAGCAACAGCAGGCACAUCUGCCCUCCUGGAGGUGUCCCACAGGUGACAAGCCCAGAAUUCUGGCUGGAAAUUAAGUUUACUUCAAAUAUGGAAACAUAUAACUUUAGCUGGGAUUAUGAUGAAGAUUUUGCUAAUUACAGUUACAACACUGACCUGCCCUUUAUUAUACCAGACUCUGCCCCAUGCCGGCCAGAAUCUCUGGAUAUCAACAAGUAUGCCGUGGUCAUCAUCUAUGCCCUGGUCUUCCUGCUAAGCCUCCUGGGAAACUCCCUGGUGAUGCUGGUCAUCUUAUACAGCCGGGUUGGCCGCUCUGUCACCGAUGUCUACCUGCUGAACCUGGCCAUGGCUGACCUGCUCUUUGCCCUGACCUUGCCUAUCUGGGCCGCCUCCAAGGCAAAGGGCUGGAUCUUUGGCACAUCCCUGUGCAAGAUGGCCUCACUCCUGAAGGAAGUCAACUUCUACAGUGGUAUUCUACUGCUGGCCUGCAUCAGCAUGGACCGUUACCUGGCCAUUGUCCAUGCCACACGCACGCUGACCCAGAAACGGCACUGGGUCAAGUUCAUAUGUUUAGGCAUCUGGGUCCUGUCCUUGAUCCUGGCCCUGCCCAUCUUCCUCUUCCGCAGGGCCAUCUACCCGCCCUAUUCCAGCCCAGUCUGCUAUGAGGACAUGGGUGCCAAUACAACGAAAUGGCGGAUAGUAAUGCGGGUCCUGCCCCAGACCUUUGGCUUCCUAGUGCCCCUGUUGGUCAUGCUGUUCUGCUACGGACUCACCCUGCGCACGCUGUUUGCGGCCCACAUGGGGCAGAAGCACAGGGCCAUGCGGGUCAUCUUCGCUGUCGUGCUCGUCUUCCUGCUCUGCUGGCUGCCCUACAACCUGGUCCUGGUCACAGACACCCUCAUGAGGCUCCAGGUGAUCGCGGAGACCUGUGAGCGCCGCAAUGACAUUGGUCGGGCCCUGGAUGCCACCGAGAUCCUGGGCUUCCUCCACAGCUGCCUCAACCCUCUCAUCUACGUCUUCAUUGGCCAGAAGUUUCGCCACGGCCUCCUCAGGAUCAUGGCCAUCCAUGGCCUGGUCAGCAAGGAGUUCUUGGUCAAGGACGGCAGGCCGUCCUUUGUUGGCUCCUCUUCAGGGAACACUUCUACUACCCUCUGAGACCCCACGCAGGGCUCCUCCCUUCCCUACAGCAUCUGCCCCAAGCCUCAUGUCCUCUGGCUGCUCACACCCCAUGUCAAGGCAGCCCCCCACCGUGGUAACAGGAAGUUGCAGAGGCCACGUCCUUACUAGGCUCCCGUCGUGUGGAUUAGAAAGCCUGCCCUGGCCCCCACCUCCUACCGCAAUUACUGUGUCAACUGCUAGAGCUUGGUCUAUCCUACCACUGAGCCCACAGCCCUCUGUCUUCUGAAGAUAUUCUUUUAAGAGAUUACAAGAAGUUCCCACCAUUGGAAGCCAUUAGUGUCAAACACCAUUGGUGCUUCCUCAGCUCUCCCUUUCCUUGUCUGCUAACGAAGUCCACCUCCCUAGAGAGAGGCUGAAAAUGACAGAUACUCCCUUUCUAAGAUUCCCUUAAGCCAGCAGUAGCCAUAUCAUUUGGCUCUGAUUAAUAAGACUUAAAGGCAAUAGUGUGCUGGUAAAUCACUUUCCUGGGGGAAAAGUCUUGAUUUGUAGCAUUUACCAUGUUCUGUGGUGUAAAUAAAUGCUCCCACCAUGGCCAAUUUCAAGGGUGGUGAUGUUUAGCAACGAGCUCACAAAAUCUAGAAACUGUAAUGAUCUGCUUUCACAAGCACAUACAAACUGGCUUCAGUGCCUCGUUGCUUAAGAGGAAGUCUACUGGGUCCAAGAGACCCUUAGGAAGAAGUAUUCCUGGUGGGGGGGGGAGGGGGGAGGAAGGGAGGGAGAGAGAGAGAAAGAGAGAAACAUAUCCUUGGUUCCUGCUUUUGAAUAUGGUUAUAGGAUAUGCUGUGUGGUGCUGAGGCAUCCCUUUGUGACAAUAAGACAAAAAGUGUGGCCAACACACUCGGGCUGAUGGAGCCAAAUGAUGAAAAGAACCUGAGAAUAAAGAGCCCAGAAUAAAACUAGGCAUAAAUAGUCAAAUGAUUUUCAACAAGGGUGCCAAGUCUAUGCAAUCGGGAAAGAAUGGUCUUUCAACAAAUUGCGCUCGGAAAAUUAGAUCCACAUGCACAGAAUGAAAGUGGACCCUCAGCUUACACCAUUUACAAAAAUUAACUCAAAACAGAUCAAAGACCUAAAAUUAGAGCUAAAACUAUAAAAACUCUUAGAAGAAAACAUAGUGGGAAAGCUUCAUGUCAUUGGAUUUGGCAAUGACUUCUUGGAUAUGACAUCAAAAUCACAGGUAACAAAACAGAAAGUAGUUUAAUUGGACUGCAUCAAAGUUUAAAACUUCUGUGCAUCAAAGGACACUAUCAACAGAGUAAAAAGGCAAAUCACAGAAGGGAGAAAAUAUUUGACAUCAUAUAUCCUAUAAGGGGUUAAUAUCCUUAUAAAGAAUUCCUACAACUCAACAGCAAAAAACAAACACGCAAACCACCUAAUUCAAAAAUGGGCAAAGGAAUUAGAGAAUAGACAUUUCUCCAGAGUACAUAAACAAAUAGCCCCUCACUGAUAAUUAGGAAAAUGUAAAUCAAAACCACAAUAACGUACCAUUUCACACAUAUUAGGAUGACAAUUAUUUAAAAAAAAAGAAUGAAAGAAAGAAGAAAAGAACAAGCAUUGGCAAAGAUAUGGAGAAACUGCAACCCCUGUGCACUGUUGGUGGGUAUGUAACAUGGUAUAGCCACUGUGGAAAACAGUGUGACAAUUCAUAAAAAAACUAAACAUAGAAUUACCAUAUGAUCCAGCAAUUCUACUUGUAGGUGUAUAUCCAAAAGAACUGAAAGCAGAGACUCAGACAGAUAUUUGUACACUAAUGUUCAUAGCAGCAUUAUUUACAAUAGCCAAAAGGUGAAAACCACCCAAAUGUCCAGCAGCAGAUGAAUGGUUAUUACACUUACAGUGGAAUAUCAUUCAGUCUUAAAAAGGAAUAAAAUUCUAAUAUACGCCACAACAUGGAUGAACCUUGAAAACAUGCUAAGUGAAGUAAGUCAGAUGAAAAUAUUAUAUGAAUCCACUUAUAUGAAGUACCUAGAAUAGUGACAUUCAUAGAGACAGAAAGUAAAAUAGUGUUUACCGGGGGCUGGGGGAAAUGGGACGUUAUGGUUUAAUGGGCACGGAAUUCAGUUUGGGAUGAAAAAGUUCUGGAGGUGGACAGUGGUGAUAAUUGUACAGCAAUGUGAACGUACUUGAUGCCACUAAACGGCACACUUUAAAAUGGGUAAAAUGCUAAGUUUUAUGUGAUGUAUAUUUUACCACAAUUGAAAACAAAAAACCUAGUUCCAAAAAAGCAAACGUGAACCACUGGAACCAGCUACCUGUAACAUCUUAA